AUGGAUAAACUUGAGCUUGUUGAAGGGAAGGUGGAUUGGAAGGGAAGGUCGGCUGUGAAAUAUAAACAUGGAGGAAUGAGAACUGCUGUGCUCAUACUAGCAACAUUUGGUUUAGAGAACAUGGCAACUUUUGCCCUGGCUGUGAACUUGGUUACAUACUUCAAUGGGGUCAUGCACUUUGAACUAGCAGAUGCAGCUAACCAGCUUACCAACUACAUGGGAACUGGUUAUAUUCUCUCCAUUAUCGUGGCCAUCCUUGCAGACACCUUCUUUGGCAGAUUCAAAACUCUUCUCACUUCCGGAUGCUUCGAGUUUGUGGGACUAGCAUUACUAACUGUGCAAGCUCACUACCCCAAACUGAGGCCACCACUCUGUAAUGUGUUUGAUCCAACUGCUAUGUGUGAGAAAGUUGGUGGUGGAAAUGCUGCACUGCUUUUUAUUGCUCUCUACAUCUUGGCUGCCGGGGCUGCUGGGAUCAAGGCCACAUUGCCAUCACAUGGUGCUGAUCAGUUUGAUGAAAAAGACCCAAGAGAGGCAAGGCAGAUGUCCAGUUUCUUCAACUUGCUGUUGCUGGCAGUGUGCUUGGGUGGUGCAGUCAGUUUGACACUAAUUGUGUGGAUCCAAGAUAAUAGAGGAUGGGAUUGGGGCUUCGGGUUCUCCACAAUUGCCAUGUUCUUGGGUGUGGUCAUCUUUUUCGCAGGAUUGCCUUUGUACCGGAUACAACCUAUCAAAGGAACUAGUGCCAUAGUUGAAAUUAUACAGGUGUAUGUUGCAGCCAUCCGUAACAGAAACCUUAGCCUUCCUGAGGACCCUGCAGAUUUGUAUGAGAUUAACAAAGACAAGGAAGCUGCUCUUGAAGAAGAAUUUCUACCUCACAGAUCCAUUUUCAGAUUUUUGGACAAAGCAGCCAUCCAACCAUCAACAACAGGGCAAGUUGAUGAACAGCAGCCUCCAAACCCAUGGAAGCUCUGCAGAGUGACCCAAGUGGAAAAUGCAAAAAUCAUACUAGGCAUGGUCCCUAUAUUCGGCUGCACAAUUAUAAUGACCCUUUGCCUGGCUCAGCUCCAAACCUUCUCAAUCCAACAGGGCCUCACCAUGGACACAAGCAUCACCAAAUCCUUCAAAAUCCCACCGGCCUCACUCUCCAUCAUCCCAGUUCUGUUCCUGAUCAUAAUAAUCCCUGUCUACGAUCGCAUCUUUGUGCCGAUAGCAAGCAAAAUUACUGGCAUACCCUCCGGCAUAACCCACCUGCAGCGCGUAGGGGUAGGGCUAAUCCUGUCCUGUGUCUCCAUGGCUGUGGCUGGCAUCAUGGAAGUGAAGAGAAAAGAUGUGGCAAGAGACCACAACAUGCUGCUGGCAAGGCCAGUGCUUCAGCCACUGCCCAUCAGCACAUUCUGGCUCUCUUUCCAGUACUUCAUAUUUGGAAUUGCAGACUUGUUCACUUAUGUGGGGCUUCUUGAGUUUUUCUACUCAGAGGCGCCUAUGGGCUUGAAAUCUAUCUCAACUUGCUUUCUGUGGAGCUCCAUGGCACUUGGGUAUUUUUUCAGCACCAUAUUGGUGAAGAUUGUGAAUGGUGCAACAAAGGAUGUGACAAGAAGUGGAGGUUGGUUGGCUGGGAACAACAUCAACUUGAACCACUUGAAUCUUUUCUAUUGGUUGCUUUCUUUCAUGAGCUUGAUCAACUUCAUUGUCUAUGUGUUUGUUGCUAAGAGGUACAAGUACAGGCCUGGGAGCCCCAUCCUGCUCUCAAAACAGAACAAGAAAAUUGAGGAAUGA